AUGUACGUGGAGAUUUCAUCCAACGGUGUAAAAAUAACUGCAACAGACGGAAUUGGUUUUUCGAAACCAAUAGAUAUUUCCCCUACCAAGGAUGGAAUUUUGGAGAAGAAGGAAUUCACAAUGCAUGAGUUUUUGUAUGGUGAGGCCGCCGGUCCACCAUAUCAAUCUAUUACUGUUCGAACUGAAGGAAAUCGUGCAUUAUAG